CAUUGGAGGGAAGUGACUUGUGAUGCGUUUACUGAAAUCAAAAGGCUGCACGGAUUUUAGGAACAGGGAGGGGGAAUUGAGAACCUCUUCUUUGUCUGAGGAGACCGAAAGGGGAACGGUUUUUUAUUUCAUUUUACUGUUUUUUCUUUGCCAUAAUUUGGGGAUUUCUACUAAGAUUUCCGCUUAUUUGAGGAUUAUUUAACAAAAAACACGACUAUUGAUGCGCCUUUCUAAUCAAAACAACUGUGAAGUCGGGGCUGUACGUGAACAUCUCUAGACUUCAACACCUGCUUCUGAUGGCGACCAGAGGAAGUUGAUGCAUUUUGACAAAAUCUAACUCCUCAGCCGGUGGGUUCGUGUGCUUGUUGAUGUGGGUUCGUGUUUUGUUGGCGGGCCGGACUGGACCAGGGGCCUGCGUGAACACCGGCGUCCGCCGAUAGAUGCUCUUUACUCCGACCUUCCUGCUGUGGAGGCUCUUCCGACAUCUCUGCAUCAUGUUCAGCUCGGACAGACUCACAGUACCAGAAUAUGUCAGCCGGCUCCAGCGAGGCAGGAGCAGCUCAGGAGGAAGCGACUCCAAGACAGCCGUUUCUCCGGGGCUAAGCACCGACAUCCAGGCGGUCCUGAACACCUCCCUCCCGGCCCUGCGCUCAGCCAUCAGGAGGCUGAAGUCAGCCCAGGAGAACUCGGACUCGAACGAGACCCGCAGGGCCGUCGCAGAGAUCUACCAGCUGGUGGAGGAGGCCUGGGUUCUACCUGCCCUGGGACGUCAGGUGGCCGAAGAGAUCUGCAACCGGAUCCGGCUGGAUGGAGGCCUGGAGCUGCUGCUGCAGCUGCAGCAGACGCCUGAGGUGGAGAUCAUCUAUGAGUCUGCAAAACUCUUGGAGCAGAUACUGAUCUCAGAGAACAGAGACUAUGUAGCACGCCUUGGUCUGGGAGUUAUCCUCAACCUGGCUCGACAGCAGGAAGACGCUCAGCUGGCUCGCAGUGUCUCCGGGAUCCUAGAGCACAUGUUCAAACACACAGAGGAAACAUCUGUCCACCUCAUCUCCAACGGGGCUCUGGAUGCUCUCCUCUUUUGGUGCAGAGGCACAGAUCCCACGGUGCUGCGCCACUGUGCCGUGGCGCUGGCAAACUGCGCUAUGUACGGAGGCCACCGCUGUCAACGGUGGAUGAUCGAGAAGCAGGCGGCCGAGUGGCUCUUCCCUCUGGCUUUUUCCAAAGAGGACGAGCUUAUCCGCUUCCACGCCUGCCUGGCUGUGACCGUGCUGGCCGCAAACCGAGAGAUCGAGAAAGAGGUGGUGAAAUCUGGUACUUUGGAGCUGGUGGAGCCUUUCAUUGCUUCUCUGGAUCCAGAUGACUUUGCCCGCAGUUUGUUGGACAGUGCCGACUGCAUGCAGGGAAAAACUGCAUCUGACCUCCAGCAUCUCCUGCCACUACUGGAUGGCACAAGAGUGGAGGGAAAGUGCAUUGCAGCUUUUUAUCUUUGUGUUGAGGCUAGUAUCAAGUCUCGUCAGCGCAACACUAAGAUAUUUCAAGAGAUCGGAGCAGUGCAGAGCUUGAAAAGAAUCGUCAUGUACUGCAGCAAUGGUACAGCCUGUUUACUUGCUAAGAGAGCGCUAAGCAUGAUGGGAGAAGAAGUGCCCAAAAGAAUCCUCUCUUGCGUCUCCAACUGGAAAACCUGUGAAGUGCGGGUGUGGUUGCAGCAGGUUGGCUUCAGUGCCUAUUGUGACCGUUUCCAGGAGCUUCAGGUGGAUGGAGAUCUCCUUCUGAACAUAACGGAUCAAGAUCUGAGCUCUGAUUUGGGUAUGGCGGCAGGUCUGACCCGCAAGAGAUUUUUGCGAGAAUUACGAGUUCUCAAAACAUAUGCCGACUACUCCACAUGUGACCCAAACAACAUGGCUGACUGGCUGGCUGAGGUGGACCCUCAUUUCCGCCAGUACACCUAUGGCAUGGUCCAGUCAGGAGUGGAUCGAAACAAUGUCCUGAACCUCAAUGAUCACCAGCUGCAGUAUGACUGCCACAUAGAAAACGGAGUCCACAGAGCAAAGAUACUGUCCGCCAACCGCAAGCCGGCCAAGCCAUGCUACACAGAUGCACAGCCGGCAGGGCCCGACGUGUUCAUCAGCUACCGCCGGACGACCGGUUCCCAGCUGGCCAGCCUUCUGAAAGUGCACCUUCAGGUCAGAGGAUACAGUGUCUUCAUAGACGUGGAAAAGCUGGAGGCUGGCAAAUUUGAGGACAAAUUGAUUCAGAGUGUGCAGCGAGCACGGAACUUCAUCCUGGUGUUGUCGGCCAGCGCACUCGACAAAUGCAUGGGCGACACUGGCAUGAAGGACUGGGUGCAUAAGGAAAUAGUCACGGCCCUGACUUGUAAGAAGAACAUUGUUCCAGUCACAGAUAAUUUCAUGUGGCCUGAACCCGCGUCAUUACCUGAAGACAUGAGGGCUAUACUCAACUUCAAUGGGAUCAAAUGGUCUCAUGAGUAUCAGGAAGCCACGAUCGAGAAGAUCAUCCGCUUCCUGAAAGAACCCCAAGACCAAACUGACCGUCCUAAAAAGUCCAAAGAGCAGGAGAAGAAAUAAGCUGAGAGAAACUGCAGCAGAAUCAAAGAUCCGUCAUGAUGUCUCCGUCCUCAUGUUAUGGUGGUUUUCCUUACCGCUAAAAGCGCACGUGAAAUGACCGAUGUUUGGAUGAUGAGCUCACAUAAAUGCCUUGUAAAUGUUCAAAAUGUUAACACAUGAAGUUGAGAAGGGAGUUGGAGUUGUUCAAUAAACUUUAAGCCUUUAAUGUUAUUGACAUUACACUGAUGUACACGUAUAAUAAUAACCAGGUGCAGUAUACCUUUCGUAUCUCAGGAAAAAAAACAGUAAUGAACCAGCCGGCACCCAGUAAAUCCACCAACCCUUCAUUUGUCAUCAAGUUAUUUGGCUUUCUCUCUGUUAACAUGUAUGUACUAAAUCAAUAAAAGCAGGCCUUCAUAUUCCAGAA